AGGGGGAGUGUGUAAUUUACGGCCGUGGUCUUCGAGGGCGUUUGAGAGGAGAAAGUUUCUUGGGAAGAGCAGAGAGCGUGCUCGAAAGCCUCUUAAGAGCCACUUCCUUCCUCUGCUCGGUCGCCAACAUGGAACGGGGAGAUUAUAAAGGCGAGCCGAGCGCUUUUUCCAACAAACGGGCGUCGUGGCUGCAGGGACGCGCGGCCCAAUGAACGCGAGGUCGUGUUCGAAUAUGAAGGAUGCCGCGGGAUUGUUCGUUGCCGCGCUGGCCGUCCUGGUGGGGAUACUCGGCGGGACGGAGCCGGACGGCGGGCUCUGCGUUGACGGAAGCUGUUUCGCCGUCUUCCGUCACCCGGGCGACUUUGCGAGCGCGCAGAGGCAUUGCGAAGAACGAAACGGGCACUUAAUGGCCGCGGGUUCGUCCGGAUCACGCGAUGUACUCGCUCAACUUUUGAGGAACUCUUCGGGUCGUUUCUGGAUCGGUUUGCAUCGUUCGACCGGCUGCCCGAACGCGACGUCUCCCCUUAAGGGCUACGAGUGGACGGCCGAAGACGCACAAGGCGAUUCGGCCGACUGGGCUCCCUCGUUCGACGGCAGCUGCUCCUCACCGCGCUGCGUCGCCGUUUCCGAAGCGGACCGGCUCCGGUGGGUUCAGGAGCCGUGCGACGCGCCGGUCACCGGCUUCUUGUGCGAGUACCACUUCGCGUACUCGUGCGAGAGCAUCGCGAUCGACGGGGAAGCCCCGACGUACGACACCCCCUUAGGCUUCGGGGGAGGGGGUCUGCACUCCCUGCCGCCCGGAAGCAUCGCCGCGCUGACGCCGAGCAAGCGCAAGUUCGUGUGCUCCGAGUCGUGGGUGGAGGCGCCGUGGAGCUGCGAGAUCCUCGAGGGGGGCUGCGAGCACCAAUGCGCCACGAAUGACGAGCACGAGCCGUCGUGCUCGUGCCCGCCCGGCCUCUCCGUCAACCCCGCGAACGGAAUCACGUGCGAGGUGGACGCGCUGGACCCGUGCGCGCGUUUACGGUGCGAGUUCGCCUGCUUGGAAGGGGACGACGGCGCGCACGCCUGCGCGUGCGACCGCGGCUUCACUCUGGCACCCGACGGUCGCUCUUGCGUGGACUUCGACGACUGCUCGGACGAGCGGCAGUGUCCCGGGGACAACAGCCGCUGCGUCAACACCGUGGGCGGCUUCCGAUGCGAAUGCCAGGGCGGGUUCAAACUGACGGACGGAUCGUGCGUGGAUCGCGACGAGUGCGCGUCCGCCCCGUGCGAGCACAUGUGCGACAACACGCCCGGCAGUUACAAAUGUUCCUGCUCCGGCGGAUAUCGUGUGGACCCGUUGGACGCCAACAAGUGCGAGCUGCACUGUGGCAAGAAGGAGUGCGUCGCGGAAUGCGACCCCAACGACAGGCGCCAGUGCUACUGCCCCGACGGCUACAUCUCGGAUGAGAGAAAGGACCACACCUGGUGCGUCGACCUGGACGAGUGCGGCGACUCGUACUGCGAACACGGCUGUCGGAACACUUACGGCGGCUACGUUUGCUCUUGUCGGAAAGGAUUCACCUUGGUCAAUGAGGUGUUUUGCGUCAGAAACGAAGACGAGGAUGAAGAGCGGGAGGGUUCCGGGGAGGCUGCGACCAUUCCGAACGCUCCCGCGGUGACGCCGCACGAGGUCGCUCCAACUCGGCAGCCGUCGGCGGUGACGGUCGGCGGGCUGGUGGCCAUCAUCGUGUGCUGCGUCCUCGUGGUGGUGGUGGUGGUCUUUUUGUCUCAGCACAUCCUGAACAAAAAGGGCAAAGUGGAGCGAGGGGCCGCGUCGAAAGCCGCGGACGGAGGGGAGACGCACAGUUUACACGGGAUGGGGAGCGAAGCGUAAUUAAAAAGAAGGACAUUGAAGAACGCAUGACAUGUGAAUGUAGAACCAAGGACCACCCCCCCUCGCCCAAAUCUUCAAGAAAACCCACUUUAGGACUCUUAAUUUUGGCAACGACCGGCCGCAAGCACUGAUGGGACUAAAAUGCCACGGCCAAGAAAACAAAGAGGAACAGUAUUUACCCACAAGACGUGCACAGAGACGCAUUUUUUUUGAACAUGAAGUUUGUCUUCAUCCGCAGCGGAAGCAAUGCAACAGAAAAAAUAUACACUUGAACUGUUUUCGUGCUGAAACACUAAUAAAAUACACAUCGUCAAUUACGUUUGCCGUCCCGCUAAAAACGUCCUCGGGCUGAUUGUGCCGCCACCUGGUGAAAAGAGUGUACUGCAACUGAAACGCAAACUGCGGGUGUGGCGUUUCCAAACUGUAUGUUCGAGAAGAAGGACAAUAAAAACGCACGGAA